UGAUUGCACCACAAGCAAGCAUUUCCAGUUCUCCAGAGAAGCUACCACAAAAGCCAAGCCCCAUGUUUGUUAGAAGGUGUCUGAGAAUCACCGCAAAGAUGUCGGGAAGAAAACUGUCCGGGCGAAGAUUUUCAGACGUCUUUCCCUUAAACAACGGGACUUGCGGUCCCCUCUUGAACAAGGGUGGGACUGUAGGGCCAGGGACCCGUAGGCGCAUCUCAUCGUUCCCUUGUGAGGAGACGUUUGCACCCGUCCGUACUCCGGUCAUCCUGUCUAUGAGGAAGGACGUCGGGGGUCUUGCCGCUGUGCUACAAUUAUUUCAAGAAGAACAGGUCAGCGUUCUGCAUAUCGAGUCACGACGCUCACUUCGGCGAAAAUCGGAAGUCGAAAUCUACAUGGACUGCGAAGCCGACAAGACCCGAAUGAACGAACUGAUUUGUCGGAUUCAGAGAGAGACCAAGAUGGUCAAGGUGGACACGCCAGAUAGCCUGGGCAAGGACAAUGGACAAGUCGAGGAGGGGUUCGAGGUGCCCUGGUUCCCGCGCAAAAUCAGUGAGCUGGACAAGACGGCGUGCCGAGUCCUCAUGUAUGGAAAUGAUCUUGAUGCUGACCACCCGGGUUUCAAGGACAAUGUCUACCGAGAAAGAAGAAAGCAGUUCGCAGAGAUCGCUCUGAAUUACAAAUACGGCCAACCCAUACCAAGAAUAAAGUAUACUGAAGAAGAGGUGAACACAUGGGGUGCCGUGUACCGUGAGCUGACGUCACUCUACCCGACACACGCCUGUCAACAGCACCUCAACAACCUGCCUCUACUGCGCAUGUACUGCGGAUAUAGAGAAGACAACAUCCCUCAGCUGGAAGAUGUGUCAGCAUUUCUCAAAGAACGGACGGGUUUCCAGUUGCGGCCCGUGGCGGGGUACCUGACACCACGUGACUUCCUGGCAGGACUUGCCUUCCGUGUGUUCCACUGUACCCAGUACAUCCGCCAUAGCACCGACCCUUUCUACACCCCAGAACCGGACUGUUGUCACGAGUUGUUGGGUCACGUGCCCAUGCUGGCCGACCCGAGUUUUGCCGAGUUCUCACACGAGAUCGGUUUGGCUUCGCUCGGUGCUUCGGACGAGGAAGUCCAAAAGCUGGCUACGUGCUAUUUCUUCUCCGUGGAGUUCGGCCUGUGUAAAGAGGACGGAAAGAUCAGGGCAUACGGAGCAGGGCUGCUGUCCUCCGCCGGAGAGUUAAAGCAUGCACUGACACAGGAGGAUAAAGUUCUGCCCUUUGACCCGGAAGCCGUUGUUCAGCAGGAAUGCCUCAUCACCACCUAUCAGGACGUCUACUUCCUGUCCCACAGUUUUGAUGAGGCCAAGGAGCAGAUGAGGUCUUUUGCCAAGAGUAUAAAACGCCCAUUCACCGUGCGAUACAACCCGUACACGCAGACGGUUGAAGUUCUGAACAGCACUCGCCAGGUGGCGCGCGUGAUCCAGGAGCUUCGAGCUGAGUUGGACACCAUUAGCCACGCCUUAGACAAGAUGGACGUGUGAUGUUGUGGCGUCACUUUGUGAGCCAGAAGUUGCAAUUAAAGAACAUAUUUAUUGUCGUGUACAAACAGGUUACGUAUCAAGCUUAUAAAGCUAUGACAGGUUGCCUUCUUUCUGGAAAGGAAACUUUGGUGUAAAAAAAAGGGUAGAUUUAUCUGUUUCUGUGUAUUGGGAGUAUACGGGCAGUACAAGUAGUUACCCAAUACUCAUUUGAAAUGUAUAGUCAUUCUAAAACAUACAACAUAUGAUUCUUCUGUUGUAGUUGUUUAUUGAGACACACCUAUGUAUGGCGGUGUAUAUAUUACUUAGACGUACGCUGUUUGUGUAUUUGUAUGACUUGAUAUGAUAGAACCUUAUGGUUAUUCGUGAUGGUAGCAGGCGAAAGGUAGUACAAUGUAUAAAUUGUGACAAAGUUGUACAAGACAACAGCGUCUUAAAAGUUCGUCAGUGUUGGCGAGACUUAGUGUUGGUAAGACUUAGCUAAGAACAAGCUAAGUUGAAACGAAAAUUGAAUAUAUAUUGGAACAAUUCACUUCAACUAAUUUUUCGAGACGCCAUACACUGCUCGGUGAGCGAGUGUAUGUGUAUAUGACGCUAUUACAAUGUUUAAAGUAAAUCGUGGCACAAUAGUUAAGAAAAUCUUUUAGUUUUUUUUGAAAACUUAAAAACCAUAUAAGAUAACUACGUUUGCUGACGGCAUGACAAGAUAUAGGAUAGUGUUGUGUAGUAUUCGCUAAACUAUGGCUUCCUAUUUAGACACAAGAACUGUAUGGCAUGCCCAGCUUUGUGACUACUAAAGAAAUGUUUAUGAGAUUUCCCUCCAUAAAUAGCUCAGGAGACCGAAUGGAUAACUUGCUUAAAAGUGAUUUAAAAGGGUCUUAUACGCAAAUGUAUUACUGUCUUUAUUUGGUCACAUACGAGUACAUUGACUAAACGAGUACAUUGACUGGAUGCAAGACAAACUAAGUCACAUCCAAGACAAACUAAAGAAGUCACUUCAGACGCAAUGUUCAGACAUAGUAUGGCUGUUUAAAAAAUCAAAUAUGCUGCUUUUUAGAACGUUUCCUUUUGGAAUAAUAAUACGGGAAGUCUGUGGUGUUGUGGCAAUAAAAAGUAUAUGUGAGCAUCACUUA